UUUAAAAAUGUCGCUGACACUUGAUACAGAUGUUGGUGAAAUUAAAAUAGAAUUAUUCUGUGAACAAGUUCCUAAAUCUUGUCAUAAUUUUCUAGCUCUAUGUGCCAGUGGUUAUUAUGAUGAUACAGUAAUACAUAGAAAUAUAAAAGGUUUCAUGGCUCAGAUGGGAGACCCCACAGGAACAGGGAAAGGAGGAGAUUCUAUCUGGGGAGGAAAAUACGAAGAUGAAUUCAGAGAAAGUUUAAAGCAUUCGUGCCGAGGUAUAGUUUCUAUGGCCAAUAAUGGACCAGAUACAAACGGCUCUCAGUUUUUUAUAACGUUUAGUAAACAACCACAUUUAGAUAUGAAAUAUACUGUCAUUGGAAGAGUGAUAGAUGGAAUGGACACGUUAGAUACACUCGAGAAAAUACCAGUUGAUGAGAAAACAUAUAGACCAUUAAACCCUGUCAUGUUACGUACUGUUAAUAUACAUGCGAACCCUAUAGCUGGUUGAGGGGGGGGGAGGAGACUAUUAAAUUCCUCGGGGUGAGCAGGGGCAUGCCUACCCCUUUGAACUUUGAAAUUUUCAGCAAGAGUGAG